AUGACUCCGACAACGACGACAGCGAAGCGUCAACCGGAUUCCGACUCGAAUUCUGGAGUUUUUUUUGCCGAUUUUGGACCACCACCGCCUGAGCCAACUCCAGCUGGAUUUCACGAGAAGGAACUCAAUAAAACGAAAUGGGUUAUCCCAAAAUGGUAUAAUAAACUGCGCCCACUUGGUGAAGGUGCAUAUGGUGUAGUAUGUACUGCGGAAUAUGAACCGACUGGAGAUAGAGUCGCUAUUAAAAAAUUCUUUCGGCCAUUUCAAAGCACAAUUCAUGCUAAGAGGACCUACAGAGAAUUAAAGUUACUACGAACUCUUCAACAUGAAAAUGUUCUUGAAAUGAUCGAUGUUUUCACCCCAGAUACGGAAGUAGGAAAACUGAAUAAUGUAUAUUUUGUAUCUGUCCUUAUGGGAUCGGACCUUCAGAAUAUUCUCAAAAUUCAAAGACUCACUGAUGAGCAAAUCCAGUUGCUCAUUUACCAAGUAUUGCGUGGUUUGAAGUAUAUUCAUUCGGCGGGGAUUAUCCAUCGUGAUCUCAAACCGUCGAACAUUGCGGUCAACGAAAGAUGUGAAGUUAAAAUCCUCGACUUUGGAUUGGCACGAGCUGCAGAUGCCGAAAUGACGGGAUAUGUAGCGACUCGAUGGUACAGAGCUCCUGAGAUUAUGCUCAAUUGGAUGCAUUACACACAAACUGUUGAUGUUUGGUCGGUCGGUUGCAUUUUGGCAGAAUUAGUCUCGGGACGACCGCUAUUUCCUGGAGAUGAUCACAUCGACCAACUGACACGCAUUAUGAACCUUGUCGGCACACCUAGCGAAGAUUUCUGGUCAAAAAUUCAAUCGGAAGAGGCGCGGAAUUACAUCAAAAACCGUCCACCGCUACCGCGACAAGAUUUGUCGAUAAUCUUUCCGUUUUCAUCUCCUGACGCCAUUGAUCUACUCGAGCGAAUGUUGGUGUUGGAUCCAGAUAAAAGAAUUUCUGUCGAUGAUGCAUUGAGACAUGAUUAUCUUUUGGAGUAUUAUGCACCACAUGAUGAACCUGUGGCCGAACAACAAGUGACCAUAGAUCCUGAGGAGGAGGCGGCAACUACGUUGAAUGAUUGGAGAGAACUUAUUUGGAAGGAAAUUCAAUUGUUUCAAAAUUCGUCUCGUCGCUUAAGUUUCGCGACUGGUGCGGAUGCUGAAGAGCAUCGAAAUUGA